AUGGCAGAUUACAAGUGGGAAGUGGGCACCAUUUUUAGUGGGAAGGAAGACUUUAAGGAUGCUAUUAGAAGGUAUGUUGUUCAUGCUGGGAGGGAUCUAAAAUUUGUCAAGAAUGAUAACCGUAGGGUAAGGGUGAGGUGCAUGGGUGCCCAAGGUUAUUACAAGGGGGAGUUGCUCACUGCUGUUGGUAGGGACCCAAACGAUCAAAUGCUACCCCUUGCCUAUGCAGUAGUAGAAGUGGAGAACAAAGACAGCUGGACAUGGUUUUUGCAAUUAUUAAUUCAAGACCUCGGGGGUAGUCAAGUAUGUGGGGUUGGUCCCAACUAUCUAGGAGCUUCUGCCUGGGGCAGAACAAAGAUUCUGUCUCAGGCACCUGCUUGGGAGAGAGAGAUGCUGAAAAUUAAAGAAGUCAAUAUUGAAGCAUAUAAAUACCUCAUAGGCAUUCCCCCGAGGUUUUGGUUAAGAUCUCGCUUCACAGGUCAAGCAAUGACUGAUACACUAGAUAACAACAUCAGUGAAGCUUUCAACAAUGUUCUUAUUCAUGCAAGAGGAAAACCAAUUAUCACCAUGAUGGAGGAUAUCAGAGUUUAUCUCAUGAAAAGGUGGGCCACCAAUAGAACCAAGGUGGCAUCUAUGGACUUCACAAUAUGCCCAAAGAUAAAGAAGAGACUUCAGAAGGAAUGUAAUCUGUCAAGAUUUUGGGUGCCAAGGCAUACUUCAUCAGUUGGGAACAAGUUCACACUGGACCUGGACACAAAGAAGUGUAGCUGCAGAAAGUGGAUGAUCAGUGCCAUCCCAUGUUGUCAUGCAAUUGCAACAAUGAACUACUCCAACGUUGAUCCAGAGAAUUUUAUCCCCACUUUGUUCACAAGAUCCACCUAUGAAGAGGUGUAUGCGUCCAUAAUUUUUCCACUCAAUGGCCACCUACUAUGGGAAACCACAAAUUUCAAUGAUGUACUACCACCAGUGAUGAGGAAGAUGCCUGGGAGGCCAAAGAAAAAAGGAGGUUGGAAGCAUGGGAGCUAA